UCCAUUAGAAAGGCCGGCGGCGGCACCACCACCAGGAGGCCGAGUCCCAGUCUGGAAAAAAGUACCGGCCUAUUCCCCCCUCCUCCUCCUCCUCCGUCCGAGACGAUUAAAGGAUCUUGUCUCUCUCCCUGAGGCGUUUGCUGCACAGCCAUGUCGGUGGUGGGCUUCGACGUGGGCUUCCAGAGCUGCUAUGUGGCCGUGGCGAGAGGCGGCGGCAUCGAGACGGCCGCGAACGAGUGCAGCGAUAGAAGCACCCCGUCUUAUGUGGCUUUGGGACCCAGAAAUCGUACAGUUGGAGCUGCGGCCAAAAGUCAGGUGCUGUCAAAUGUAAAAAACACUAUACAAGGAUUUAAGCGGCUCCAUGGGCGAACUUUAACAGACCCGUAUCUAAGAACUGAGCAACCCAAGCUUGCGUAUGACCUUGUUCAGAUGUCAAAUGGUACAGCAGGUGUUAAGGUUUCCUACAUGGAAGAAGAACGAAAUUUUACCAUAGAGCAGGUGACAGGAAUGUUGAUGACCAAACUGAAAGAAACCGCAGAAGCCUCGCUAAAGAAACCAGUCAUGGAUUGCGUGAUAUCGGUUCCAUGUUUCUUCACCGAUGUUGAGAGGAGAUCCGUAAUGGACGCUGCGCAGAUUGCAGGACUCAACUGUUUGCGGCUCAUUAAUGAAACCACUUCAGUUGCCCUUGCAUAUGGGAUUUAUAAGCAAGAUUUACCGGCCCCUGAGGAGAAGCCAAGGAAUGUUGUUUUUGUUGAUUUGGGGCAUUCUGCAUUUCAGGUUUCUAUUUGUGCGUUCAAUAAAGGUAAACUGAAGGUGCUUGCUACUGCUUUUGACCCAAUCUUGGGUGGAAGAAACUUUGAUGAGAUGCUAGUGAAUCACUUUUGUGAAGAGUUCAGUAAAAAAUACAAACUGGAUGUGAAAUCAAAGAUUCGAGCAGUAAUCCGCCUUUCUCAGGAAUGUGAAAAGCUGAAGAAACUGAUGAGUGCCAAUGCUUCUGACCUACCGUUGAAUAUCGAGUGUUUCAUGAAUGACAUUGAUGUUUCUGGAGUAUUAAACAGGGGCCAGUUUGAAGAGAUGUGUGGUCCACUUUUGUCCAGAGUGGAGUCCCCUCUUCGUAGUCUUAUGGAGCAAACCAAGCUUAAACGAGAGGAUAUUUAUGCUGUCGAGAUAGUGGGUGGAGCAACUCGUAUCCCUGCUAUUAAAGAGAGAAUUACUAAAUUCUUUGGAAAACCCCUCAGUACUACUUUAAAUGCAGAUGAAGCUGUAGCUCGUGGCUGUGCUUUGCAGUGUGCCAUCCUUUCACCAGCUUUCAAAGUGAGGGAAUUCUCUAUCACUGACUUGGUUCCGUUCCCAAUUUCCAUGAGAUGGAAUUCACCUGCUGAGGAAGGUCUUGGUGAUUGUGAGGUGUUCCCCAAGAACCAUGCAGCACCAUUCUCCAAAGUUCUUACUUUCUACAGAAAAGAUUCCUUUGAUCUUGAAGCAAUUUACAGUUGUCCCAAGGAGCUACCAUUUCCAGAUCCCAACAUUGGCCGCUUCACUAUUCUGAAAGUGGUCCCUCAAAGUGAUGGGUCGAGUUCAAGGGUGAAAGUGAAGGUUAGAGUUAAUAUUCACGGGGUCUUCAGCGUAUCCAGUGCCUCGUUGGUGGAGGUGCAGAAAUGCGAAGAAGCGGAUGACGUUCCAAUGGAAACGGAUCAACAAUCCCAGGCAAAUCAAAAAGAGGAGGAGAGCAAGAUGCAGAUUGAUCAGCAGGAAGAGCCUGCACAUGGAGACGGCAACCCCCCUGGCUCUGCGGAAAGCCAGAAAAAUGAAAUGGAGACCGGUGAAACUGCUUCAAAGGAAAAUAAGAACAAAGACCAGCCUCCUCAGGCAAAGAAGGCAAAGGUGAAAACAAAGACUGUGGACCUACCCAUAGAGAACCACCUGCAGUGGCAACUGGAUCAGCAACUACUGAAUGUAUUCAUUGAAAGUGAGGGUAAAAUGAUUAUGCAGGAUAAACUUGAGAAGGAGAGGAAUGAUGCAAAGAAUGCGUUGGAAGAAUAUGUGUAUGAAAGUAGAGAGAAGCUAGGUGGAAUUUAUGAAAAGUUUGUCAAUAAAGAUGAACAAAGCAAGUUAAGCGUUCUACUGGAAGACACAGAAAACUGGUUGUAUGAAGGAGGGGAGGAUCAGGGAAAGCAAGUGUACAUAGAUAAAUUGGCUGAAUUAAAGAAACUUGGUCAGCCAAUUCGAGAUCGCUAUCAGGAGUUUGAGGAGUGUCCAAGGGCCUUUGAUGAGAUGGGGAGACAAGUGCAGCAGUACAUGAAGAUUAUAAACUCUUAUAGAAACAAAGAUGAACUGUACGAUCACCUGGAUCUAACGGAGAUGGAGAAAGUGGCCCAGUAUGUCCAAGAAGCAAUGGGGUGGAUGAACGGCAAGAUGAAUAUGCAGAGCAAACAGUCUCUAACACAAGACCCACUUGUCAAAUGUGCAGACAUUCGAGCCAAAGUUAAGGACUUGGCAAACCUUUGCAAUCCGAUCGUUAACAAGCCAAAGCCGAAAGUCGAACCUCCGAAGGAAGAGAAAGAGGCGGAGCAGAAUGGACCAGUGUGCAGCGAAGAAAACGCCAGCGCGGAGGGCCCUACGCCCGCCAGCGCUGAGAACGCCCAGAACAACACGCAGCAUCACCAACAAAACCUACCAGAGAUGGACAUUGAGUAAAUAUGCAGUAGUCAGACACACACAAACUGUUAGUAAGACGAGACUUCUCUUCCGCCCCACCCCUCCCGACCCCCUAAUGGUGAAUGGAAUAACCUAAAAAUGAUAACCUUGAAUUUCCGUCAAAUUUUAAGCGUUUUAUUUUUUAACCCCUUCCUCUCUGUGCAAUGGAACAGGAAAUAAUUAGUUCAGCUGAGGCUUGACUUCAAUGUUUUUUUUUGUUAUGAAAACUAGUUCUGAUUUUUAUGCUUGUGGCUUUCACAGAAAAAUGUGUUUGUUUGCCGUUCAGAGCCCGCACUCCUUGCCGCCACCCCUUAAUGCGAAUGCUGCAGGAGUCUGUAGUGACAUUUCCUAGCAACCUCCCCUGCUACUGAAUCGAGUGCUGGAUUGAAGUGUCCACCCAAAGUUUAGUGAGUGAACACAAACGUGCUUUAGUGUCGUUCCUUUUGGUCUGUCUGGUUAGUCACGGGCAACUGAGAAACAAAACCAUGUUUGCCUGCCUUUCUUUCUGAAAACAAAAGUUCCGAUCUUUAACAAUUCCACGUUAUACGUUUUCUUUCGAAAGCUAUUGUCGAUUACCAUCUAGGCGCAUGCUCCUUUGCAGAAGUCCAAUAUUGAAGUCAAACUUUGGCUUGGGCACAGAAGGAAGACUUGUUCUCUGCUCAGUUUUUCUGGGAGGGGGGGAACAAAAAAAAUCAGUCCCAAGUAUUUGACAAUCUGUUAUGUUGCCGCCGCCUUCUCAUUCUGACUAUAAAAUACUGAGCGAGAAGUGACGGAUAUUGCUGCUGAACAACUGCUAUCCUCUCGAUUACGCCUCUUCUGUUCUGUAACUUUGGUUUCUUCCUUCAGCCAUUUUGUAAUAUCCAUAUUAUAUUUAAAACAUUUGGAUAUUCUUGCAUGGAAAUAUUCUUGUGGUGGUACUGGUGAGAAAUCAGAGUUUUGGGAUGUUGCAGGCAGAAAUAAAUGCACAGUUGCAAUCAUUCAGUGCAGUGCAGUGCAGUGCACUCCUGGCUUGGAAGAGCUAAUAGCGCUUUGAACUAUUACAAUAAGUGGUGUGGGAGUAAACACUACAAUCGGCUUCAGAGCAAAUGCCUGCAUUUUAUCAAUUUGAUCUGCAACCUGGUGGGCUUUUGAAACGUUAAUUCCUGGUAAGCAAAUUGUGUAACACCUUUUUUUUUAUGUCACACAGAGGAUAAUGGAUCUGUUUUCUCUGGAGAGGUAGAUAAUUGUUAGUCAUUGACAACUUCAAAGAGCACUUGGCAAUUGUUCGUCGUCUUUGUGGACUGGGGGAAUAUUAACGGUCCUCCUGUGUGCUUAGUUUUGGAAACAAGAUGGCUUGCUGACCAAUUUCCCACCCCCACCCCACAAACUAUUGCAGCUAGUUCGUUUAAAUUUAAAGAUUUGAAUUCUUCGUGUUAAUUCUUUUGUAGGAGCUAACAAAAAGGUUGCUCUCUGGAACAGUAGCAAUUAAACUGACAAGUCCCCAGAACUCAAUGUUUUCUCCUAGCCAAAUCCCCAACUUGUUGCAUCUUGUGCAGCUGUAUAUAAUUGAAGGUGGCACUGAAUUAAAAGCAAAUCAGUUCGUGUUAUUCCAUCUGUUUUUCCCCUGUGUGAACUGAAGGUUGGUGUUUGCUAUAAGCCUCAUUAAACAUUGUCAGUUUUCAUAGAGUUGUAACUGGAUAUGAUUAAUUUUACAUGGAAGGGAGCUGCUGAGGUGGAGGAAGGAAUGUAGGGAGAGUUGUGCUGUGCAUGGUGGAGAGAGAGAGAAGAUGCCAGCUAUUUAAACAUGCCCCUUCCUCCAAUACACAACUUGCAUCCUGCAGCGGGCUUGUAUGUCACUUCAAUAACUCUCCUGUAAAGUACUUAAAAGACCAUUUGCAAUCUCCCAGUUUGCCAAGAAAUUAGUCAAUUCUGUCCAGUUUCCAGUUCUUGUUGCUUAAUUAUUACAUCCUGAUAUUUACAGGUGGUGAUUCAUUGUCAUCUGAAUGUACGAUCUCAAGGACUAAGCCUUGCAAACCUGUCAGCUGACAUACCAUGGUACAUGGCUUGAGAGUUGCUAUUUCCACUGUAUAUUUAUACUCACUAUUUCACUGAAAGGAGUGUGAAAUGCAAUAAAAAAGUUGAAUGAAA